AUGGCGUCAAUUCACAACAUUGUCCGUGCAAAGUUGAACUUGCUUCCCAAUGGCUUGAAGCAGCUUCACGGCUACACUCCAGGAGCCUCGGAAACACAGCCACUCACGCUACGCCCUUUCCGCGAGGAUGACCUCGAUGAUUUCUAUGGAUGGGCCGGAGACGAUGCAUUCAGGGCCAUCUGCAUUAAUGACAAGGCCGUGGGUCAUGUUCUGCUCAAACAAGGCGCUGGAAUUCAUAGCUGCCAUGCUGAGCUGGGCUACGCUGUGAGCAGAAACUACUGGGGCGUGGGCAUUGCUACUGAAGCUGUCAUGCGGGCUGUUCAGGCCGGGUUUUCCGAGCUUCCGGGACUGAGACGCAUUCAAGCCAUCGUGCUACCUGAGAAUCUGCCUUCGCAGAAGGUGGUCGAAAAGGCUGGGUUUACUAGAGAGUGCCUGCUUCGACGCUAUAUCGAGAAUCGUGAGAACGUCCGAGACUGUAUUCUUUACAGUUAUGUUUUACCUGCUGCUUCCUCUUCUUAA